AUGCGUCUCUGGCUAAUUAUUUUCCUACUAUUGUCUGUACUCAGUAAUGUAGCUGACUCCUAUGUGUUCCCACUUUGCUCUCGGAUGUUUGUUAAACCGAAAUUAUCCAGAAAGAGAUGUAUGACUGCAUGCACUGCUCUAAGAUGCAAAAAAGGAACGUGCAAGAGAAUACGAGGCCAGCCGAAGUGUUCAUGUAAACGAUUUGCUAUACUGCAAGAAACACGCAUCACAAAUCCACCCGCCAUCAGUGUCGGAGAUUACACCACUGUGGCGAUGCUAAUGUACUGUGGCGAUGCUAAUGAAGAGGGAGAAAGGGAACGAGGAUGUGCGGUGGCUAUGAGGAACGACUACAAGAACCUCGUUGAGGAACCUCAACGCCGUCAAGAUGCGUCUAUGUAUGUUAGCGAAAUAACACAGUAUGCAAACUUCGGGUCGUAA